AUGAAGUUCUUCGCUGUCGCUGCUCUCUUCGCCACCGCCGCCAUGGCCGCUCCUGGUGCUGCUACUCCUGCUGGUGUUCCUGGUGCUGUUGCCGGCAGCGGUAACUCCCCGACGGUGGUUCAGACCCAGCAGAUCCAGAAGAAGAAUCAAUUCGCACAGACCUGCAGCAACAACCAACAUGAAACCGUGUGCUGCGACUCGGUGGACCCCUCGCAGACGACGAGCCUGUCUGGCCAGGAAUCUGAAGGCCUCUUGGGCGGCCUACUUGGUGGCGGCCUUCAGCACCUUCUCAAUGACCUCAGUCUGGUUGGGGGCACCCGUGGCGCUUGCAAGGGCCUUAAUGUCGGCGGAGAAUGCAAGACCAACAUCGGUUGCUGUCAGAAGAAUGCUGUGAACAACAAUGUCCAGUCGGGCCUCAUCCCCAUCAACAUCCAGCUUCCUUGCCUUCUCAGCAAUGGCUUGCUUUAA